UCUUACAUACGCAACCUCCCGAUAUCUACUCUCGCCCACCCGGCCGGCCUUGGCUAAGAGAGGGGGACCUGAUCGAUAUACCAAACUGUCGUGAUAACUAUAACAGCAGACUGCAAACAGCCAGCGUUGUAACCCCUAACCCUGAUCCUGUGUAACAACUCCGGUUUCCCAUCUUACCUAGCAGAUCUAUAACCUCUUUAUCCCUCUCCUCUUAUAUAUUCCCCACCACUCCACCACCACCACCAUGCCCCUCCACAUAGCCAGCCUGGGCUCCUCCUUCGCCGCCGGCCCUAGCAUCCCGCCAUGCGUAGACGAGGCAGCCGGGCGCUCCGGGGCAAACUUCGCGUGCCUGGUAGCUAAGCGCGCCGGCGCCCAGCUCACGGACCUAGCAGUCUCCGGCGCCGUCCUGCCUAACAUAACAACGGAGCCCCAGGAUCGCGGCGGCUGCCUGUUCCCGCCGCAGAUUGACGGGUUACCGGCCGACGCGGACGUGGUGUUCGUGCUCGGCGGCGGCAACGACAUCGGGUACAUCGGGGGACUAUUCGAGGACACGCUAAGCGCAUCCUGGCUGGGCACUUUUGUCAAGCGCGUGCGCGGGACGGGCGGCGCGCCUCUCGCCACUACCGUUCUUGACGUUGCGGGGCUAGCCGCUAGGUAUGGGGGCGUCCUGGAUGCGAUCCACGAGAAGGCGCCCAAGGCCAAGGUCCUAGUCGUCGAGUACCUAACGAUGCUAGGGACGCACACGCGAGCAGGCACAGACGUGCCGUUCGGUGAGGAGAGAGUCGCGCACCACCGCGCCGUGUGCGAGCGGCUCCUAGAAGCGACGGCCAAGGCGGUCGAAGGCCGCGAGGCCUGGGCCGAGGUGGUUCCCGUGGGCGCGGCGAGCGAGGACCAUGCUAUCGGGGCGCCGGAGCCCUGGGUCUCGGGGUUCACGUGGAAGCUGUUCUACGCGGGCGGCGCGUACCAUCCGCGGGCCGAGGGCAUGAAGGCUGUUGCCGAUAUACUGUAUAAGAAGCUAGUCGACCUGGGAAUAGUGGAAGACGGCGAGCUAUGAAGGCGCGGUGGUGAGAAGGGUUGGAAAUAAAUUUGACCGGAUCAGUUCGGAUAGAUUUUAAGAACUUGGACGCGACGGAACGAAACGAAAUGAAACGAUUCUGCUCCCGUGGAUGAACGUUGGCUUCUAGAAGACUGCUAUGCUAUGCUAUCUUGUGUAGGAUAGAAGAGUCUUGGGGUUUUCACAUAGCCUACCGGUACCUUAGGUAGUUGGCGUUUACUAGGUCUAGACUUAAGAAGGUGAAACUGAGUAUUUCAUCCAACGUUUAUUCUUAGCCGAGUUGGAUCUCGAAUACAUGGAAGGGUUUAUGUACGGAGUAUUCCUAGAUGCAGAGUACUCGUUCUACCACACUACCUGCCUACGGAAUGUAUGAAGCCUACAUAUAUAAAGGAAUGGGUUUAUGCUGGUCCUAUCCUAUAUAGGCUCUAUAAUAAGGACUGUAACCUUAGAUUAUAUUAUGGAAGCGUUUAAAUAGUUCCUUAGGCAACCACUCUGCCAU